UCCAAACGAAAAAGAAAAAAACUCAAUUACAAAGAAAGCAGUGACAAGGAGCUUUUGAAAGGGGACGGGAACUUGUAACCGUGCGCGAUUGGUAUUGGAGAUGACGGGUUUGGACUCUGAGAUAAGUAACGAGCACUGCCAUCUGUCGCUCGCCAUCUCCGGCACUUCAUCUUCAGAUGGCGUUCUAUCGGGCCAAAACAGCCAGCCUCUUCUCACGGGCCGGAGCCGGAGCGAUCCUCUCCGGUGGCAGAGGCAGCCCUGGCAAUACCUUCGAUGGUCGACGGCCUUAAACCAAGGCAGAGGAAGGUUUUGUUCUGUGCGUUCAAGAGGAAUUUGGUCCAAGAAGCUAUGGUGUCACAGUUUGCUCGCUAUGUCUCAAAACCCUCGGCAUACGACUACGACCACGGGGGGCAAAUAUGCGGAUAAAGCACACCACUUCUACACUAGAUUAGCACCUAUCACCCGUUUUAUUUUCAUGAUGGACAACGAUGCUCUUCUCAACUAUCUGAAUGAAGAACGACAGUCGAUUGAACCCACUUGGUAUCUGCCGGUUGUGGAAGAUUAUGGAAGCGUCUCAAUCUCCAUACAUGAAGACCCGCAGAGUAUAUAUUGAUGGAGGGGGUUCGGUACAGGAGGAGGCAGCGUCGAGGCUAACCACCAGAGAUAUUACAGGAGGGUUUUUGAGAUAAGAGAAAGAUAUAAACAUGAACACUUAAACCUCCUAACUAACUAUGCCGUGGACCACAAGGUCACGCCAACCAGCCUGUAAAAUAUAUGUUUAACACUCCCCCAUAAUCACAACUAUGACAAGUUGAGAUUACGUUUAAACUCUUCAAAACUUUUCACUGGCAAAGCUUUAGUGAAUCCAU